AUGGAAUCAGGUGCUCUGGCUCAUGUUCGGUUCAUUGCUGUUUCAGCUACUAUUCCAAACAUGGAGGACCUCAAUAUACAAGCAUUUGGAAUCGGGGAAGAUAAGAAAGACGAGAAGGCUGACCCCAAGGUGCUGGCUAACAAAGCUUCCAAGGCUGUCAAAGCUGGAGCAUCAACCAUUAAGAAGAAGGCUAAGAACAUCUGCACAUCAGUCACAUUUCACAGGCCAAAGACAUUGCAGAAGGCAAGGAAUCCCAAGUACCCAUGUAUUAAUGCACUACCAAGGAACAAGCUUGACCAUUACCAGAUCCUGAAAUACCCACUCACCACCGAGUCCGUAAUGAAGAAGAUUGAAGACAACAACAAGAAGAAAACAAGGAUGCUUUCAAGAAGAUGUACAACAUCCAGACAGAUAAAGUGA